GCUAUAGAUUUGUCAAGGAAUCAUUUGUCAGGCAAUAUUCCAACUGAUAUUGGAAGCCUAAAAAAUCUAAAGAAUCUCUCCUUAGGAUAUAAUAGAUUUGAAGGCUUGAUUCCUGAAUCAAUUGGUGACAUGACAAGCUUGAAUUUCUUGGAUCUGUCUAAUAACAAUCUCUUUGGAGUUAUUCCCAAGUCUUUAGAGAAACUCUCAUACCUCUUAUAUCUAAAUUUGUCUUUCAACCAACUAAGUGGUGAAAUUCCUAUUGGAGGAACUUUCAGAAACUUCUCGGUUGAAUCAUUUAAGGGGAAUCUUGCAUUGUGUGGAUCUCCACAAUUACAACUUCCACAAUGCCAAACAAGCACACAUCGAAAAUCAAGGACAAAAAAGGUUUUGCUAUUGAUUGUUUUGCCACUAAGCAUUGUAGUCACAAUGGUUGUCCUGGUUCUUACAUUUGUGUUGACCAAAGGCCGAAAGAAGAGCAAAAAGCCUCCUACUAAUGCUGAAGUGUAUCCACAACAUACAUGGAGAAGAAUUUCUUACCAAGAACUAGUUAGAGCUACAGAUGGAUUUAGUGAGAGCAACCUACUUGGCAGAGGAAGCUAUGGUUCCGUUUACAGAGGAAGAUUAGAUGAUGGGAUGGAGCUUGCGGUAAAGGUAUUCCACCUACAUUUUGAAGGUGCACUCACCAGUUUUGAAGCAGAAUGUGAAGUUCUUACCAGUAUUCGACAUCAAAAUCUUGUUAAAAUCAUUAGUAGUUGCUCAAAUGAUGAUUUUAAAUCUUUGAUACUCGAGUACAUGCCCAAUGGGAGCCUGGAGAAAUGUUUGUAUUCUGACAACUGCAUUUUGGACAUUUCACAUAGGUUGAACAUAAUGAUAGAUGUUGCAUCUGCUUUGGAAUAUCUCCAUUUCAGUUAUUCAGCCCCCAUUGUGCACUGUGACUUAAAGCCCAACAACGUCUUGCUAGAUGAAAAUAUGGUUGCACAUUUGAGCGAUUUUGGAAUUUCAAAGAUCUUAAGUGAAGAAGACUCUAUGAUGCAAACGCAAACCCUUGCUACCAUUGGUUAUAUGGCACCAGAGUAUGGAAGAGAAGGAAAAGUAUCGCGAAAGGGAGAUGUUUACAGCUUUGGUAUUAUGCUAAUGGAAACAUUUACAAGAAAGAAACCAACAGAUGAAAUAUUUAGUGAGGAAAUGAGCUUAAGGAGUUGGGUUGGUGAAUCAUUAUGUAGUGCAGUGAUGAAAGUUGUGGAUAGCAAUUUGGUAAGUAGGGAUGAUGAAAGUUUCUCUAGAAAGGAGGAAUGUUUAUCAUCAAUCUUGAGUUUGGCAAUGGAGUGUACAAGAGAAUCACCUGGGGAGAGGAUCAACAUUAGAGAAGUGGUAUCUAAACUCUUGAAAAUUAGAGUCAAUUAUCUUACCGAGAGGAACAAAAAUGUGCUUGCUAGACAACAACCCAUUGAUUGAAGGGCUCAGCUUCAGCAGAAUAUGGGUAAACUUAAUAAAGGGACAAGUGGAUUAGGUUACUAGCCAACGACCCAU